AUGAUCGGAGUCAGAUCCAAUACAUUUAAUGAUAACUCUGGAGAACCAGAACAAGAUGCUAAUUCCGCCUUGACAGAGUUGGAUAAAGGUUUACGAUCUGGAAAAGUAGGUGAACAAUGUGAAGCAAUCGUUCGUUUCCCUCGUUUGUUCGAAAAAUAUCCAUUUCCUAUUCUUAUUAAUUCAUCCUUUUUGAAAUUAGCGGAUGUUUUUCGUAUGGGUAACAACUUUUUAAGACUUUGGGUUUUGCGUGUCUGCCAACAAAGCGAGAAGCAUUUAGACAAGAUUCUAAACGUAGAUGAGUUUUUACGGAGAGUUUUUAGUGUCCUACAUUCAAAUGACCCUGUAGCAAGAGCUUUGGCACUUCGGACCUUGGGUGCUGUAGCUGGUAUUAUCCCUGAGAGACAAAAUGUACACCACGCGAUACGAAGAGGACUUGAGAGCCAUGAUAACGUCGAGGUUGAUGCUGCAAUAUACGCAACAACAAGAUUUGCAGCUCAUUCAAAUGCCUUUGCAGUAUCAAUGUGCAACAAACUGUCCGAUAUGGUAGAAUGUGAGAGUACAGCAGCAGAGAGAAGAGCAAAGCUUGUUAGAGCCCUAAGAACUGUACAUGGAGGCGCUGUGAGAGCUCAAGGUGUCCUAAAGUUGCUACGCUCUUUGCUAGAGAAGUUUCCUUCAUCAAGUUCUGUUAGGGCAGCAAUUACAGCUCUGACAGCUAUUGCUGCUGACACUGUUGUGCAUGUGCCUGAUCAGGUGGAAGUUCUACUAAGCAUAGCUAUGAAAGAUGCCCGUUCAGCAGUAAGGAGAGCUGCUCUUCUGGGUCUCAAGAAGUUGGCAGAGCACGCUGCUUUGUGGCCUGCUGAAUGUAUCCAGCAUUUAGUGCGGGCCGCAAGUGACAGUCAGGAUGCGGAGCAUACUAUGCUAUGCUUACAAGUAAUGCAGAUGCUAGUGCGGUGCGGGGCGGUGUGCGCGGGGGUGGGCGCGGGCACGCUACGCAGCUACUGCUUCGACGCCACGCUCAGCGCAGACCUGCGCCACGCAGCCACCGCAGCGGACGUCCUCACCCGCGUCGUCGUGCACUGCUACGAGGAGAGUCUUCCAGUUGAAGGCGCUGAUUUAAUGCUAGCUUUGGAAUCCCUGGUCAUUGCCACUGGUCAAGCCUCGGGUCACAUAAAACCCCUACGGAUUGCUUUACGCUGUUUGGUGCAACUGAGUACCGCGGAGCCGAGCUUAUACGCAGAGCGCACAGCGGGCACCUUGGGCCGUCAGCUGGAGGCGGCUGCGCGAAGCGGGACGAGCGGAGCGCGCGUGGCCGCGCUGCUGGAGGCGCUGGCGGCGCUGGGCGGCGCGCCCGCCUGCACGCGUAGCCUGCCGCCCGCCCUGCCCGCCCUGCACGCGCUGCUCGCCCGCAGGUACUGCAGUCCGCCCGCGCUGCACGCGCAGCCUGCCGCCCGCCCUGCCCGCCCUGCACGCGCUGCUCGCCCGCAGGUACUGCAGUCCGCCCGCGCUGCACGCGCAGCCUGCCGCCCGCCCUGCCCGCCCUGCACGCGCUGCUCGCCCGCAGGUACUGCAGUCCGCCCGCGCUGCACGCGCAGCCUGCCGCCCGCCCUGCCCGCCCUGCACGCGCUGCUCGCCCGCAGGUACUGCAGUCCGCCCGCGCUGCACGCGCAGCCUGCCGCCCGCCCUGCCCGCCCUGCACGCGCUGCUCGCCCGCAGGUACUGCAGUCCGCCCGCGCUGCACGCGCAGCCUGCCGCCCGCCCUGCCCGCCCUGCACGCGCUGCUCGCCCGCAGGUACUGCAGUCCGCCCGCGCUGCACGCGCAGCCUGCCGCCCGCCCUGCCCGCCCUGCACGCGCUGCUCGCCCGCAGGUACUGCAGUCCGCCCGCGCUGCACGCGCAGCCUGCCGCCCGCCCUGCCCGCCCUGCACGCGCUGCUCGCCCGCAGGUACUGCAGUCCGCCCGCGCUGCACGCGCAGCCUGCCGCCCGCCCUGCCCGCCCUGCACGCGCUGCUCGCCCGCAGGUACUGCAGUCCGCCCGCGCUGCACGCGCAGCCUGCCGCCCGCCCUGCCCGCCCUGCACGCGCUGCUCGCCCGCAGGUACUGCAGUCCGCCCGCGCUGCACGCGCAGCCUGCCGCCCGCCCUGCCCGCCCUGCACGCGCUGCUCGCCCGCAGGUACUGCAGUCCGCCCGCGCUGCACGCGCAGCCUGCCGCCCGCCCUGCCCGCCCUGCACGCGCUGCUCGCCCGCAGGUACUGCAGUCCGCCCGCGCUGCACGCGCAGCCUGCCGCCCGCCCUGCCCGCCCUGCACGCGCUGCUCGCCCGCAGGUACUGCAGUCCGCCCGCGCUGCACGCGCAGCCUGCCGCCCGCCCUGCCCGCCCUGCACGCGCUGCUCGCCCGCAGGUACUGCAGUCCGCCCGCGCUGCACGCGCAGCCUGCCGCCCGCCCUGCCCGCCCUGCACGCGCUGCUCGCCCGCAGGUACUGCAGUCCGCCCGCGCUGCACGCGCAGCCUGCCGCCCGCCCUGCCCGCCCUGCACGCGCUGCUCGCCCGCAGGUACUGCAGUCCGCCCGCGCUGCACGCGCAGCCUGCCGCCCGCCCUGCCCGCCCUGCACGCGCUGCUCGCCCGCAGGUACUGCAGUCCGCCCGCGCUGCACGCGCAGCCUGCCGCCCGCCCUGCCCGCCCUGCACGCGCUGCUCGCCCGCAGGUACUGCAGUCCGCCCGCGCUGCACGCGCAGCCUGCCGCCCGCCCUGCCCGCCCUGCACGCGCUGCUCGCCCGCAGGUACUGCAGUCCGCCCGCGCUGCACGCGCAGCCUGCCGCCCGCCCUGCCCGCCCUGCACGCGCUGCUCGCCCGCAGGUACUGCAGUCCGCCCGCGCUGCACGCGCAGCCUGCCGCCCGCCCUGCCCGCCCUGCACGCGCUGCUCGCCCGCAGGUACUGCAGUCCGCCCGCGCUGCACGCGCAGCCUGCCGCCCGCCCUGCCCGCCCUGCACGCGCUGCUCGCCCGCAGGUACUGCAGUCCGCCCGCGCUGCACGCGCAGCCUGCCGCCCGCCCUGCCCGCCCUGCACGCGCUGCUCGCCCGCAGGUACUGCAGUCCGCCCGCGCUGCACGCGCAGCCUGCCGCCCGCCCUGCCCGCCCUGCACGCGCUGCUCGCCCGCAGGUACUGCAGUCCGCCCGCGCUGCACGCGCAGCCUGCCGCCCGCCCUGCCCGCCCUGCACGCGCUGCUCGCCCGCAGGUACUGCAGUCCGCCCGCGCUGCACGCGCAGCCUGCCGCCCGCCCUGCCCGCCCUGCACGCGCUGCUCGCCCGCAGGUACUGCAGUCCGCCCGCGCUGCACGCGCAGCCUGCCGCCCGCCCUGCCCGCCCUGCACGCGCUGCUCGCCCGCAGGUACUGCAGUCCGCCCGCGCUGCACGCGCAGCCUGCCGCCCGCCCUGCCCGCCCUGCACGCGCUGCUCGCCCGCAGGUACUGCAGUCCGCCCGCGCUGCACGCGCAGCCUGCCGCCCGCCCUGCCCGCCCUGCACGCGCUGCUCGCCCGCAGGUACUGCAGUCCGCCCGCGCUGCACGCGCAGCCUGCCGCCCGCCCUGCCCGCCCUGCACGCGCUGCUCGCCCGCAGGUACUGCAGUCCGCCCGCGCUGCACGCGCAGCCUGCCGCCCGCCCUGCCCGCCCUGCACGCGCUGCUCGCCCGCAGGUACUGCAGUCCGCCCGCGCUGCACGCGCAGCCUGCCGCCCGCCCUGCCCGCCCUGCACGCGCUGCUCGCCCGCAGGUACUGCAGUCCGCCCGCGCUGCACGCGCAGCCUGCCGCCCGCCCUGCCCGCCCUGCACGCGCUGCUCGCCCGCAGGUACUGCAGUCCGCCCGCGCUGCACGCGCAGCCUGCCGCCCGCCCUGCCCGCCCUGCACGCGCUGCUCGCCCGCAGGUACUGCAGUCCGCCCGCGCUGCACGCGCAGCCUGCCGCCCGCCCUGCCCGCCCUGCACGCGCUGCUCGCCCGCAGGUACUGCAGUCCGCCCGCGCUGCACGCGCAGCCUGCCGCCCGCCCUGCCCGCCCUGCACGCGCUGCUCGCCCGCAGGUACUGCAGUCCGCCCGCGCUGCACGCGCAGCCUGCCGCCCGCCCUGCCCGCCCUGCACGCGCUGCUCGCCCGCAGGUACUGCAGUCCGCCCCCCCUGCACGCGCAGCCUGCCGCCCGCCCUGCCCGCCCUGCACGCGCUGCUCGCCCGCAGGUACUGCAGUCCGCCCCCCCUGCACGCGCAGCCUGCCGCCCGCCCUGCCCGCCCUGCACGCGCUGCUCGCCCGCAGGUACUGCAGUCCGCCCCCCCUGCACGCGCAGCCUGCCGCCCGCCCUGCCCGCCCUGCACGCGCUGCUCGCCCGCAGGUACUGCAGUCCGCCCCCCCUGCACGCGCAGCCUGCCGCCCGCCCUGCCCGCCCUGCACGCGCUGCUCGCCCGCAGGUACUGCAGUCCGCCCCCCCUGCACGCGCAGCCUGCCGCCCGCCCUGCCCGCCCUGCACGCGCUGCUCGCCCGCAGGUACUGCAGUCCGCCCCCCCUGCACGCGCAGCCUGCCGCCCGCCCUGCCCGCCCUGCACGCGCUGCUCGCCCGCAGGUACUGCAGUCCGCCCCCCCUGCACGCGCAGCCUGCCGCCCGCCCUGCCCGCCCUGCACGCGCUGCUCGCCCGCAGGUACUGCAGUCCGCCCCCCCUGCACGCGCAGCCUGCCGCCCGCCCUGCCCGCCCUGCACGCGCUGCUCGCCCGCAGGUACUGCAGUCCGCCCCCCCUGCACGCGCAGCCUGCCGCCCGCCCUGCCCGCCCUGCACGCGCUGCUCGCCCGCAGGAACAUAACAUCAGAAGAUAGUUCCGAUGACGGUACGACUCUAGUUCUUCUUUGCACGGUGCUUUUUCAAGAACGCGCGGCAGCAAAACUAAACUUUCGCAUAAACAACUCCUGGGAAGACCAGAUACUACAGUCUGUGAAUGAUGCCGAUGGCUGGACUCGGUACAGAGUCGCUAGAGCUGCGCUCAGGUACGGCCAUCACAACUUGGCCGCAAACAUCUUAAAGCGUUUAUCUGAAGAAGCUCCAAGCGAAGCAGCACAACGCUGGCUCACUGCACUGUACCGCGCUGCUUCUGCGGACGCUAGAUUACUAGAAGAAGGCAUAUCGGGCGUGGAGGUGUGCAGCGGGCUGUGGGAGGCGUGCGGGGACGCGGGCGGCGCCGGCGGUGGGGCGGGCGGCGCGUGCGCGGCGGGCUGCGGCGGCUGCGGCGCCUGCACGCCGCUCGCCGCCGCCUGGAUGAGCGCGCGCGCCGCAGCGCUCGCCGCGCUCGCGCAGACCGCCGCCGCCGCGCGCGCGCUCUGCACGCAGCCGCCGCCCGCCGUCGCGCAGGUCAGUGUUCCGUGUCGCAGUGUGCACGCCGCACGUGCGCAGUGUGCACGCCGCACGUGCGCAGUGUGCACGCCGCACGUGCGCAGUGUGCACGCCGCACGUGCGCAGUGUGCACGCCGCACGUGCGCAGUGUGCACGCCGCACGCCGCUCGCCGCCGCCUGGAUGAGCGCGCGCGCCGCAGCGCUCGCCGCGCUCGCGCAGACCGCCGCCGCCGCGCGCGCGCUCUGCACGCAGCCGCCGCCCGCCGUCGCGCAGUGUGCACGCCGCACGUGCGCAGUGUGCACGCCGCACGUGCGCAGUGUGCACGCCGCACGCCGCUCGCCGCCGCCUGGAUGAGCGCGCGCGCCGCAGCGCUCGCCGCGCUCGCGCAGACCGCCGCCGCCGCGCGCGCGCUCUGCACGCAGCCGCCGCCCGCCGUCGCGCAGGUCAGUGUUCCGUGUCGCAGUGUGCACGCCGCACGUGCGCAGUGUGCACGCCGCACGUGCGCAGUGUGCACGCCGCACGUGCGCAGUGUGCACGCCGCACGUGCGCAGUGUGCACGCCGCACGUGCGCAGUGUGCACGCCGCACGCCGCUCGCCGCCGCCUGGAUGAGCGCGCGCGCCGCAGCGCUCGCCGCGCUCGCGCAGACCGCCGCCGCCGCGCGCGCGCUCUGCACGCAGCCGCCGCCCGCCGUCGCGCAGGUCAGUGUUCCGUGUCGCAGUGUGCACGCCGCACGUGCGCAGUGUGCACGCCGCACGUGCGCAGUGUGCACGCCGCACGUGCGCAGUGUGCACGCCGCACGCCGCUCGCCGCCGCCUGGAUGAGCGCGCGCGCCGCAGCGCUCGCCGCGCUCGCGCAGACCGCCGCCGCCGCGCGCGCGCUCUGCACGCAGCCGCCGCCCGCCGUCGCGCAGGUCAGUGUUCCGUGUCGCAGUGUGCACGCCGCACGUGCGCAGUGUGCACGCCGCACGUGCGCAGUGUGCACGCCGCACGCCGCUCGCCGCCGCCUGGAUGAGCGCGCGCGCCGCAGCGCUCGCCGCGCUCGCGCAGACCGCCGCCGCCGCGCGCGCGCUCUGCACGCAGCCGCCGCCCGCCGUCGCGCAGCGCGCGCGCCGCAGCGCUCGCCGCGCUCGCGCAGACCGCCGCCGCCGCGCGCGCGCUCUGCACGCAGCCGCCGCCCGCCGUCGCGCAGGUCAGUGUUCCGUGUCGCAGUGUGCACGCCGCACGUGCGCAGUGUGCACGCCGCACGUGCGCAGUGUGCACGCCGCACGCCGCUCGCCGCCGCCUGGAUGAGCGCGCGCGCCGCAGCGCUCGCCGCGCUCGCGCAGACCGCCGCCGCCGCGCGCGCGCUCUGCACGCAGCCGCCGCCCGCCGUCGCGCAGGUCAGUGUUCCGUGUCGCAGUGUGCACGCCGCACGUGCGCAGUGUGCACGCCGCACGCCGCUCGCCGCCGCCUGGAUGAGCGCGCGCGCCGCAGCGCUCGCCGCGCUCGCGCAGACCGCCGCCGCCGCGCGCGCGCUCUGCACGCAGCCGCCGCCCGCCGUCGCGCAGUGUGCACGCCGCACGCCGCUCGCCGCCGCCUGGAUGAGCGCGCGCGCCGCAGCGCUCGCCGCGCUCGCGCAGACCGCCGCCGCCGCGCGCGCGCUCUGCACGCAGCCGCCGCCCGCCGUCGCGCAGUGUGCACGCCGCACGCCGCUCGCCGCCGCCUGGAUGAGCGCGCGCGCCGCAGCGCUCGCCGCGCUCGCGCAGACCGCCGCCGCCGCGCGCGCGCUCUGCACGCAGCCGCCGCCCGCCGUCGCGCAGGUCAGUGUUCCGUGUCGCAGUGUGCACGCCGCACGUGCGCAGUGUGCACGCCGCACGCCGCUCGCCGCCGCCUGGAUGAGCGCGCGCGCCGCAGCGCUCGCCGCGCUCGCGCAGACCGCCGCCGCCGCGCGCGCGCUCUGCACGCAGCCGCCGCCCGCCGUCGCGCAGUGUGCACGCCGCACGCCGCUCGCCGCCGCCUGGAUGAGCGCGCGCGCCGCAGCGCUCGCCGCGCUCGCGCAGACCGCCGCCGCCGCGCGCGCGCUCUGCACGCAGCCGCCGCCCGCCGUCGCGCAGUGUGCACGCCGCACGCCGCUCGCCGCCGCCUGGAUGAGCGCGCGCGCCGCAGCGCUCGCCGCGCUCGCGCAGACCGCCGCCGCCGCGCGCGCGCUCUGCACGCAGCCGCCGCCCGCCGUCGCGCAGUGUGCACGCCGCACGCCGCUCGCCGCCGCCUGGAUGAGCGCGCGCGCCGCAGCGCUCGCCGCGCUCGCGCAGACCGCCGCCGCCGCGCGCGCGCUCUGCACGCAGCCGCCGCCCGCCGUCGCGCAGUGUGCACGCCGCACGCCGCUCGCCGCCGCCUGGAUGAGCGCGCGCGCCGCAGCGCUCGCCGCGCUCGCGCAGACCGCCGCCGCCGCGCGCGCGCUCUGCACGCAGCCGCCGCCCGCCGUCGCGCAGGUCAGUGUUCCGUGUCGCAGUGUGCACGCCGCACGUGCGCAGUGUGCACGCCGCACGUGCGCAGUGUGCACGCCGCACGCCGCUCGCCGCCGCCUGGAUGAGCGCGCGCGCCGCAGCGCUCGCCGCGCUCGCGCAGACCGCCGCCGCCGCGCGCGCGCUCUGCACGCAGCCGCCGCCCGCCGUCGCGCAGGUCAGUGUUCCGUGUCGCAGUGUGCACGCCGCACGUGCGCAGUGUGCACGCCGCACGUGCGCAGUGUGCACGCCGCACGUGCGCAGUGUGCACGCCGCACGCCGCUCGCCGCCGCCUGGAUGAGCGCGCGCGCCGCAGCGCUCGCCGCGCUCGCGCAGACCGCCGCCGCCGCGCGCGCGCUCUGCACGCAGCCGCCGCCCGCCGUCGCGCAGGUCAGUGUUCCGUGUCGCAGUGUGCACGCCGCACGUGCGCAGUGUGCACGCCGCACGUGCGCAGUGUGCACGCCGCACGCCGCUCGCCGCCGCCUGGAUGAGCGCGCGCGCCGCAGCGCUCGCCGCGCUCGCGCAGACCGCCGCCGCCGCGCGCGCGCUCUGCACGCAGCCGCCGCCCGCCGUCGCGCAGGUCAGUGUUCCGUGUCGCAGUGUGCACGCCGCACGUGCGCAGUGUGCACGCCGCACGUGCGCAGUGUGCACGCCGCACGUGCGCAGUGUGCACGCCGCACGCCGCUCGCCGCCGCCUGGAUGAGCGCGCGCACUCUGCCCGCAGCUGCCACCCACCGUCGUAUAGGUCAGUGUGCAAGUGGCACGUGUCGCUCGCGAGUGUGCACUCGUGAUGCGGGUAAAUGUGCAUCUGUCCUGACGCAGAUAAAUGUACGUCCAUCACGUGCACAAGUGUACGUACAGGUACUAUGGGAUCGCAAUCGGAAGACAUAUGAUCUUGGCGAACAAAGCAGAAGAGCAUUGGUUAUUAUAUUCGCGGUGGUGUGCGUGCAGGCGGCGCGGUCUGCGUGCGGGCGCGUGGGCGCGGCGGCGGGCGCGCUGCGGCGUGCGGCGCGCGCGCUCGGCGGCGUGGCGAGCCGCUACGCGCACAUCGCACGCACCGCCUUCUACGCGGACCGCUCCACGCUGGCGCACUUCAACAUUUCGCAGCAUACAUUCGCACAGCUAGCUCAGUUGCUCGAACGCAUCACGUCCAAUCAACAGGAAAUGCCUGCGGAGUUAUUCUCUAAGGAGCUAAAAGCGACCACACUCGAAGAACUGAUAGCUCUUACACCUUCCGUAGAACUCUCCAAGAUAUCUACGAAACUUUUUGAUAAUCCUACUACUAAUCCUGGAAUCACCCAUAGACACAUGGAGGCGGUGCUGCUUGCGGUGAAGGUGUGCAGCGGCGGCGCCGUGUGGCCGCGCGGCGUGUGCGAGGCGCGAGGCGGCGCCGCGCUGUGCCGCGUGUCGCUGGCGCCGGGCUGGCGCGCGCCGGGCGCCGAGCACGCCGCCACGCUCCCGCUCGCGCACCGCCUCGCGCUGCGCCUCGAGGGCGUGGUGCUGCCGCCGCCGCGCAGGUACCGCACCGCACGUACAGUACAGUACAGUACAGUACGUACCGCGCCGCGCUGUGCCGCGUGUCGCUGGCGCCGGGCUGGCGCGCGCCGGGCGCCGAGCACGCCGCCACGCUCCCGCUCGCGCACCGCCUCGCGCUGCGCCUCGAGGGCGUGGUGCUGCCGCCGCCGCGCAGGUACCGCACCGCACGUACAGUACAGUACAGUACAGUACAGUACGUACCGCGCCGCGCUGUGCCGCGUGUCGCUGGCGCCGGGCUGGCGCGCGCCGGGCGCCGAGCACGCCGCCACGCUCCCGCUCGCGCACCGCCUCGCGCUGCGCCUCGAGGGCGUGGUGCUGCCGCCGCCGCGCAGGUACCGCACCGCACGUACAGUACAGUACAGUACAGUACAGUACGUACCGCGCCGCGCUGUGCCGCGUGUCGCUGGCGCCGGGCUGGCGCGCGCCGGGCGCCGAGCACGCCGCCACGCUCCCGCUCGCGCACCGCCUCGCGCUGCGCCUCGAGGGCGUGGUGCUGCCGCCGCCGCGCAGGUACCGCACCGCACGUACAGUACAGUACAGUACAGUACAGUACGUACCGCGCCGCGCUGUGCCGCGUGUCGCUGGCGCCGGGCUGGCGCGCGCCGGGCGCCGAGCACGCCGCCACGCUCCCGCUCGCGCACCGCCUCGCGCUGCGCCUCGAGGGCGUGGUGCUGCCGCCGCCGCGCAGGUACCGCACCGCACGUACAGUACAGUACAGUACAGUACAGUACGUACCGCGCCGCGCUGUGCCGCGUGUCGCUGGCGCCGGGCUGGCGCGCGCCGGGCGCCGAGCACGCCGCCACGCUCCCGCUCGCGCACCGCCUCGCGCUGCGCCUCGAGGGCGUGGUGCUGCCGCCGCCGCGCAGGUACCGCACCGCACGUACAGUACAGUACAGUACAGUACGUACCGCGCCGCGCUGUGCCGCGUGUCGCUGGCGCCGGGCUGGCGCGCGCCGGGCGCCGAGCACGCCGCCACGCUCCCGCUCGCGCACCGCCUCGCGCUGCGCCUCGAGGGCGUGGUGCUGCCGCCGCCGCGCAGGUACCGCACCGCACGUACAGUACAGUACAGUACAGUACAGUACGUACCGCGCCGCGCUGUGCCGCGUGUCGCUGGCGCCGGGCUGGCGCGCGCCGGGCGCCGAGCACGCCGCCACGCUCCCGCUCGCGCACCGCCUCGCGCUGCGCCUCGAGGGCGUGGUGCUGCCGCCGCCGCGCAGGUACCGCACCGCACGUACAGUACAGUACAGUACAGUACAGUACGUACCGCGCCGCGCUGUGCCGCGUGUCGCUGGCGCCGGGCUGGCGCGCGCCGGGCGCCGAGCACGCCGCCACGCUCCCGCUCGCGCACCGCCUCGCGCUGCGCCUCGAGGGCGUGGUGCUGCCGCCGCCGCGCAGGUACCGCACCGCACGUACAGUACAGUACAGUACAGUACAGUACGUACCGCGCCGCGCUGUGCCGCGUGUCGCUGGCGCCGGGCUGGCGCGCGCCGGGCGCCGAGCACGCCGCCACGCUCCCGCUCGCGCACCGCCUCGCGCUGCGCCUCGAGGGCGUGGUGCUGCCGCCGCCGCGCAGGUACCGCACCGCACGUACAGUACAGUACAGUACAGUACGUACCGCGCCGCGCUGUGCCGCGUGUCGCUGGCGCCGGGCUGGCGCGCGCCGGGCGCCGAGCACGCCGCCACGCUCCCGCUCGCGCACCGCCUCGCGCUGCGCCUCGAGGGCGUGGUGCUGCCGCCGCCGCGCAGGUACCGCACCGCACGUACAGUACAGUACAGUACAGUACGUACCGCGCCGCGCUGUGCCGCGUGUCGCUGGCGCCGGGCUGGCGCGCGCCGGGCGCCGAGCACGCCGCCACGCUCCCGCUCGCGCACCGCCUCGCGCUGCGCCUCGAGGGCGUGGUGCUGCCGCCGCCGCGCAGGUACCGCACCGCACGUACAGUACAGUACAGUACAGUACAGUACGUACCGCGCCGCGCUGUGCCGCGUGUCGCUGGCGCCGGGCUGGCGCGCGCCGGGCGCCGAGCACGCCGCCACGCUCCCGCUCGCGCACCGCCUCGCGCUGCGCCUCGAGGGCGUGGUGCUGCCGCCGCCGCGCAGGUACCGCACCGCACGUACAGUACAGUACAGUACAGUACAGUACGUACCGCGCCGCGCUGUGCCGCGUGUCGCUGGCGCCGGGCUGGCGCGCGCCGGGCGCCGAGCACGCCGCCACGCUCCCGCUCGCGCACCGCCUCGCGCUGCGCCUCGAGGGCGUGGUGCUGCCGCCGCCGCGCAGGUACCGCACCGCACGUACAGUACAGUACAGUACAGUACAGUACGUACCGCGCCGCGCUGUGCCGCGUGUCGCUGGCGCCGGGCUGGCGCGCGCCGGGCGCCGAGCACGCCGCCACGCUCCCGCUCGCGCACCGCCUCGCGCUGCGCCUCGAGGGCGUGGUGCUGCCGCCGCCGCGCAGUAAAAGGCAACCACCGCGGCAAGUGAAAGGAGUCCAAAUCACAGUUACGGUCACACCACAUCCACGAACUAACGAAAAGACGGUGGAGCUGGGCAGCGCGGCGGCGGUGCUGCGCGCGGUGCAGACGGUGGCGCCGCUGCGCGACUUCUUCUCGGCGCAGCAGCUGGUGGCCGUGCCCGCGCCCGGCCUCUACACCGUCGCCGUGGACGCCGCCUUCGUGGACCAGCAGGGCCAGCUCUGGAACACCGGCCCGCGCACCUCUAUCGUCAUCAAGGCACACGAGGAUCCCGGCAGUAAGGGCAACUCGCAGGCGUCCAGGAGCAGAUUUUAA